AUGAUUGAGCGACUUGGAGACUCGUUGUCCGUCUAUCGCCAAUACGAAGAGCUCUUCGGCCACAACGAGCGAUUCAAGAUUGCUUUGACCAACGUAUACUAUCAUGUCUUGGUCUUUUUGAAGCAGGCCAAAGAUGUCUUUACGUCAAAGGGAUUCCGAUUAUUUGGCAAGGUCUUCUGGCAGCCUUUUGAGAAUGAGUUUCAGAGCACCCUAGAGUCUAUUUCUCGACACACCACUCAGUUACAAGAAGAGAUCUCGCUCGCCCACCGAAAAACAGUUCAAGACACCUUGGCCAACCAGGUCGGAUUGCAAGUGUCUACAUGUGAGGGCCUCAGGAGAAUCGAGGCUCAGAGUUUUCCGAGGCAAAGGUUGAUGGAGUGGCUCUCUCCGGUUGACAUGGAAGAAGUUUUCCUUCGGGAAUCUCAACGCCGCUGCGAACCAUGCGGUCACUGGCUGCUUGAUCAACAACCAUACCGUGACUGGUUGGAAACAUCCAAUCCAAGAUUAGUUUGGAUCGCAGGCCCUCCAGGCGCUGGAAAAACCGUUCUGAGUGCGUCGAUCAUUGAAUCGGUCCGAAAGGCUAUCCUUGCUGAUCCUCAAAUCAUCUGCGCCUUUUUCUACUGUGACAAGAAAAAAGAAAAUAACCAGUCAAUUUGUACCGUGCUGGUAAAUCUUCUGGCUCAAAUUCUGGCUCACCUUGAGGACAUACCCACAUUUAUCACCGCUGUUCAUGAGAAUGCCAUCCGUUUUGGGCGAUUUAAGAUGGCUGCUGCCGACAUGCCUCUUGCGCUGUUGAAAAGGCUGAUUAAGUCGGUGAAAAAGGUCUACCUUGUUAUCGAUGGCGUGGAUGAAUUCAAGGACCCGGUUCAAGUCGUUGACACUGCGCUGGGGCUUAUCGAAUCCUUGCCAAAUGUCCAGAUCAUCCUCCUCAGUCGAGAUGACCCUAGGAUCAAGACCAGGACGGAACAACAUCUGAGGAUCACUAUGACUCCUGCUGAAACGAGCCAUGACAUGGCCAAGUUUAUCUCCAAAGCAAUCAACCAACUUGGAAUUCCUGAGGGAACCUGUCGUAAGGACAUCGAAGACCAGAUCCUGCGACGCGCUUCCGGAAUGUUUCUUUGGGCGCAUCUUGUGAUCGAAUCCCUGAAACUGGCAACCUCAUCUCGCGAAAUAGUGGACAUUCUAAAUCAUAUGCCCACAGGUCUUGAAGUGAUGUAUGGUGCCAUUCUCGAGAAGCUGGCACGAGGACCAGCCGGACGACAAGCCCUUGCAAAAAAGAUCCUACUCUGGAUUCGUCUGUCGGCUCGGGAUCUGCAUUGGAACGAACUAGAGUCCGCAGUAGCAGUGGAGAUGUCGUCGGCUGGAAUGCUUGAGCUCAACCUACCCUUCAAAUCGUCAGCUUUGGAACUUUGCAGUCCACUAGUGGAGUAUCGUGCCGAGCAAGAUAUCUUUCGCUUGAUACAUGUUUCAGUUGGCGAAUUUCUCAGUAGUUCUCACUUUCAUUACCAAGUGGACGAUGCAAUCCUGCCAUUUUUGAUUUCUGAAGCAGAUGGGCACCAAGAACUGGCAAAGACUUGCCUCCGGUAUCUCUCGUACGUUGCUUGUCAGGUUGUGAUUGAUCCUGCCAGGUUUCCGCUGUUGGAUUACGCGGUUCUUUUCUGGUGCCAUCACUAUACCAAUUCGACUUUUGACCGUGACCUUGAGCACGAGGUGACCGACUUUCUGUCUUCGAAGCCGCGGCGGCAGUUUUGGAUCUUGCAGCUACUUUUCCUCCAAUCAUCUAUAUUUCCGCUUCAGCGACUCAUGAAGAUGCAGAGGUCCCUGGCAGAAUGGAUUGCUCGGAACGCCGAGAACGGAUUUGACAUGAGCCUGCUUGAUUGGAUGCAAGAUGUCCCAGAGAUCUUGAUCCGAGGUCAAAUGCCGUUAGCAUCGUCAAAUUUCGACUGUACAUCUCAAAACUACAAGAUUCCACCCAUCAGCUACUUUGACAAGAUGAUGGUCAUCCGCGACCUUGUUCGAGAAUUUACAAUGAGUGGGAGACUGACAGAUGGGGAGCAAUGGCUCGCUGAAGCUCUUGAGAAUCAAAGAAAUACCCUGGGGCAAGAGCACAUCUCGACGGCAUGGUUUAUGAACAGUCUGGGCCUACUGUAUGACCAACAGCAACGAGAGGAACUCUCAGCGCGUACUCAAGAACAAGCGCUCGCUAUUCAAUCGUUAAAUCUUGGACCUGAUCACGACGAGACAAGAUGGACUAUUAAUGAACUCGGCCGAAUAUACCGUCACCUUCACCAAUAUGACCUGGCAGAGGACAUGCAUUUACGUUCACUCCAGGUCCUCCGAAACCGGUACCCCUCGGACAAUCUCGAAACUGCUUGGACUUUGAAUACUUUGGCGCGGACAUAUCGCAAGCAAGGACGAUACAAUGACGCUCUAGGGCUCCAUGAAGAAGCCAUCAAAAUCCAGACGGAAAAGCUCGGCAGGGAGCAUCCACAUACGCUUUGGGCGAUCACAGACGUGGCUCGUUGCUAUCAUGACCAAGGUAUGCUGCAGAAAUCUGCAGAGACGCACCAAGACGCACUUUUUCGACGAGAACGCGUUCUUGGGUCGAACCAUCCAGACACCCUCUGGACUGUGAAUGAUUUGGCCAUUGUCCUGGGAGAAAUAGGAGACACUGAUGCAGCGCGUCGUCUGUAUCAAAGAGCCUGGACUGGUCAAAAAGCCCUGCUCGGUGAAAACCAUCCUCACUCUCUGUGGACCAGAGAGGCGCUCAGGAAGUUGAGUGACUGA